GCCUUCAGGCCUUUUGUUUAACAGGAAAGAAGUUUCCUGUUUUUGAAUGAAAUAAAAAUAGAUGGAGAUAAAUCUACAAAGUUUGUUGAUUUCUAUGUACUUUCAUUUCAUGUAAAGACGCCUUGGGCUUAUGUUAGAUUUUUAUUUUGUUAAAAUCAAUGAAAGCAAAUGACAGUUUGAAUUUGAAGAAUUCCAUGAGGUUUCAUUUUUAGUAUGUAGUUAAUAUUGAUGCAAGAAAGAAUAGAAAAUAAGAUAUUUAGUAUCUCCUACUGGUAAAAACAGAGAACAAGGCGUCCCAAGCUAAAGAACAAACUACACCAUGUUGCAGUUUCUGAAUAUUACCGUGGAAAUGCAGUCCAAAGUUCAUAGGAGGUAGCAGAGAAACAGAAGAUGAAUUUCACAAAACAUCCUGAAUGCGACUAUGAAACCGAGACCAGAGUUUCUCUUUCAGCAAUUCCAUCUCAUCAUGGCACAGUUCACACAGAGGUAUGCAAUUGUUACUGGAGCAAAUGAAGGGAUUGGACUGGAAAUAUGUGGGCAAUUAGCCUGUAAAGGGAUCAUGGUCGUGUUAACUGCUAGAGAUGAGAAGAGGGGUCUUGAGGCUGUUGAAAAGCUCAAACAGUCUGGUCUAUCUAAUCAUGUAAAUUUCCACCAGCUCGAUGUUACAGACCCUGCUAGCAUCGCAGCUCUUGCAGAUUUUGUCAAAACCAAGUUUGGAAGGCUUGAUAGAUUGGUGAAAAAUGCAGGAAUAGCAGGUGCUGUAAUAGAUGAUGAAGCUUUAAAAGCUUCAAGUAUUUCUGCUACUGAGUUAUCUGACUCACCAAGGAUUUUUAAUGUUGCAUCCGGCAGGGGCACGUUGAAGUACAUACCCAGCGAAGAGCUUAAAGAAGCCUUCAGGAAUGUUGAUAGUCUCACAGAAGAGAAACUGGAUGAGAUGAUGACUGAGUUUCUGAAAGAUUUCAAGGAAGGUGCAUUGGAAAUUAAGGGCUGGCCUAUUCAUCUCCCUGCCUAUACAGUCUCAAAAGUAGGCCAAAUUACAUACACAAGGCUUCUGGCCAAAAGGCACCCAGGUUGCUGCAUCAAUUCUGUUUGCCCUGGCUUUGUCAAAACAGAUAUAAAUCGCAACACUGGUACCCUGACUGUUGAACAAGGCGCUGUAACUCCAAUUGUGUUAGCACUCUUGCCCAAAGGCAGUCCUUCUGGCCUCUUUUACCAGCAAGGUGAAGUGGCAAGUUUUUAGUAAAAUUAUCUAGUAAUCUUAUGCCAAGGAAGGUGAAGAAGCUACAUGGCAUCUAGAUUUUGUUCAUUUUCUAGCAUCUACCAUAAAAUAAGAGUACUUACCGUCCUUUGUAAUCCAUUGUUUCAAUAAUGAUGCAUCUAUCUGUAAUCUAAAGGAUUAUAGUUAGAAAAUAAGCUGCAAAAUGCAUAGCAUGUACUAUGUAAACAAUUCAAUGUGAGAAAUUUUUCUGUAUAAUGCGAGACCUUGGACUAAACAGAAAAGAGUUUU